AGAGUUAGAGAGAGAACAUCUUCCCUUUUAACACGCCUGAAACAAAAAGCAGACAUUUUUGAAAGAAACCCUAAAAUCUCUCCUUUUUGCUACUCCUUGCGCUUUUGGAAGAACUCCAUAUAUAAUCAUGAAAGGAACGAAACGUUUCGGUGUAUCCGAAUCGAACCCGGACAUCAAUGAGACGGCCUUUCGGAAUAAAAGAGUAAUGGCAGGAUCUGCCUUUGAUGCUCACAGGGCAGAACCAUCUCAGCAGUUGGCAGCAACUGGUCCAUUGGACAUGCAACGGGCAAACUCAUCUUGGCAGCACGUGAGAGCUCUCAAUACCCAGUUUGCAAGUUGGGUGCAAGCACAAAUGAAGAACCACCCUGAUGAACUUUGGGAAGAUGGUGUCCGGGACUAUCUAACUCAUGCUUCGAACAUUAUGGAGAAGUUCAGUGAUGUUGUCAACUGGCUCAAAGCAAAUGCAGCAAAAGGAGGUAGCUUGUCUAUGGUGGAAGCUCAAGCUGUUGAAAAUAAAGUGGUGUUUGAAACCAAUAAUAGUGGGGCGAAGUUAUCUCAAGAGAAAGUCGGGUUUAAUCCAUCCGGCACCACUACAAAUGUUGCAACAUCAUGGGGUUCUGGAGUAUUCUCCAGUAGUCAAACGUCUGGGUUUACUGGAGUGAGCACAACUUCAUUGAGCUUCGGAGCAUUUCCAAAGAAUGAAGCCCCUGGAUCUACUCCUGCAGGGACAAACACAGCCUUUUCAAACACAUUGAGCUCUAAAGUUUUUACAAAUAGUCAAACCCCUGGAUCUAAUCCAGCAGGCACACCCACAACCUUUUCAAAUUUGAGUUCUGGAUUAUUUUCAAACAGUCAGACCCCUGGGUUUACUCCAGCUGGCACAACUGCAAACUUUGCGAAUUCAUGGAGCUCUGGAGUAUUUUCAAACAUUCAAAAGCCUGUCUUGUUUGGUGGGAAUCAAAGUUCGGUCACUGUUGCUCAAAGUUCAGUUCCCACAAACUGUGAUGCUUCAGAUGACGCAGAUGGUGAAAAUGAGUUGGAGCAGCCUAGCAGCCCAUCUGUUAAAAAGUCAGAAGAGAAGGGCAUAGUUGUAGUUCAUGAAGUCAAGUGCAAGCUUUAUGUGAAGUCAAGCGAUCCAGCAGAUAAAGAUGCAUGGAAAGAUAAAGGCAUGGGACAGCUUUCCAUUAAAUGCAAAGAGGGUGUUGACAAGGGUACUAAAGAAUCCAAACCAACGAUUAUUGUGAGAAACGAGGUUGGGAGACUACUGCUUAAUGCAUUGCUAUAUCCUGGCAUCAAGACAAAUUUGCAGAAGAACUCCAUUGUUGCAAUAUUCCAUACUUCGGGUGAUUGUGAUGGAAAUAAUGGUGGCAAUAACAAUAAUGUUGUGGCACGUACCUUCUUAAUUAAGACAAAAACAGCUGAGGAUCGAAAUAAACUGGCUACGGCCAUUCAAGAAUUUGCUCCUGCAUCUUGAAAACAACUAUAGGCAACAGCUUCUUUACAUGGAUGACACUUAUUUUUCCUCAUAAUUUCCUUCUAAAUUUUGAGCCAGUUUCUUUUUGGGGCUCCAGGACCGAGCGGGGAAAAACUUUUUGGAGGUAGUCUCAAUAUGAAUGUAUCUAGUUAGAGGCCACUGCACUUAUACCAUAAGAGAGGAAUGGAAGGGAUUAUCUUUUGCUGCCAAAUUGGAAUUUGAGCUCUUUUGUGCCCUAAUACCUGUAGAUGAUGACUGUUGGAGGAUUGUAUGCAUCAAUCAUCAUUAUGGUCCAUUUUGCUAU